AAGAAGAAUAUAAACAUCAAGUAUUUCCACCACAGCUAACAGUGCUGCUGCUCCCCUGUAACCAUGAAAUAAGUCGCUGACAGCUUACUUUUUAAAAUAAAUUAAAACCAUAAAAUGUGGCGGUUAAACAAAGUUCGCUAUAAAGCUGGUCGACAAGGAGACAGUUUGGAGGAGCUCAGACUGAAGAGACGAGAACACGAGAGAACACUGAGACAAGCCCGCAGAGACAGACAACUUGUGAGCAAGAGACUCCUGCUGAAUGAAGAUGAGGAGCAGCAAGACAUCACCAUGGACACAACCCCAGGCGAACAGGACGUGGUCAGUUUGGUCCACAAACUUCAACACAGCGGCCCAGAAAAGGAGGCCAACCUGAAAGCUUUGAGUAAAGCUCUGCGUGACCCAUCAGCACAGCUCACCUUCGUCAAGUUGGAGAACAGUGUGCAUCUGCUGGUCGGUCUCCUCACCAGCUCGAAUGCUCAGUGUCGUCUGCAGGCUGUUCAGUGUCUUCAUGAACUGUCUCAUUCCCCUCAUAAAAACGUGGCACCAGCCUGUCUGCCUGCCACCUCCUACCUGCUCACCUACCUGUCUGGCCCAAGCACCAAAUUCUCAGAGCUGUGUCUCUACACACUUGGUAAUAUAUGUCCAGACAGUGAUGCUGUAAAAGAGAAGCUCCUGGCCCAGGGGAUCAUACCAGCUCUGGCCACCUGUAUGGAGAACCAGAGACAUAACCUUGCAGUGGUGGAAGCAGUGGGCUUCACCCUCUCUCAGCUCCUCCAGACCAAAGAUGCAGCAGUGAAAAUAAUCCCGAUGGUCCUGGCCUCCACUUUACCUUCAAACUUGUUAUCAGUUCUGACUCCGGACCCGAAGUUUGGCCUGGCUCCUGCCAUUGAGUGUGCAUGGUGUCUGCACUACCUCACAAGCAGCUCUAAGGAUAACAGGGAGCUGCUGUGUCGAGGUGCAUUGGUACAGUGCAGUUCCCUGUUAGUGUCACUAGGCCGCGCUGUAGCAGAAGGAAACAAAGAUGAAGGACUGGAGCUGCUUGUCUGUCCUGUACUGAGGUGUGUUGGAAACCUCCUGUUCUCCUGCCCGGUGGAAGGUCUGAGCACUCAAGUGGGCGACGUUCACCUGGUUGUAGCUCUGUGUGGACUUGUUCAGGCCUACCUGCACACUCAGCCAGCUUUGGCCAGAGAGGCUGCCUGGGUCCUCAACAACCUCACAGCUCACUCCAGUCAAUUCUGCUCUGCUCUUUUGACUCUCAACUUGGUCCCAGGACUGAUCCAACUUCUGCGUUUCUCUCAAGGCAUCAACACUAUGAUACUCAGGAUUCUAGCAAAUAUUGCCCACAAGAAACAGGAGUUCUGCAUCCAGCUCACACAGCUUGGGUUGCUGUCUGUGCUCUGUGCCACACUUAAAAUGGUUGACCAGGAAAUGGUGACCCUGAGUCUGGAUGUGCUGUUCAUGCUGGUGGUUAGUAGUCCACAGGUGGCAGCGGAGUUUGUAAAUCAAGGUGGGCUUUCACUGUUAGAAGCCAUUCAGUACAACGGUGAAGGAGACAGGAGGCGAAGGGCAACAUAUCUGCUGGAGCAGCACCUACUGUCCUACCGACUGUAGUCAACACUAACACUCACUAAGUUUUGUUCUUUUUUUUAAUCUGUAGUAUUUCUGGACUAAAAGUGACUGAUGUGAGCUGCUAUGUCAGAGGUGGACAAUAUGCUGGGUCCCUGAACCAUUAGAAAUACAUCGACAAUUAUGAAGACACACCUGAAGAUACAAGACAGCUUCUUUAUCAGGGUUUUUUUGACUUUUUGAGGCCUGCACUCAAGUGUUUUUUAGCCAACACCACAAUGAGAAAAACUGAGAAUAUAAGGAUUACAUAUUUUUAAGUCAGUUUAGUUGAUUUGGGUCUCAUUUACUCAACAUUUAUUUUUAUCAAAUGAUCAGAAAUAACAGGAAAAUACGUCAAGUUCUGUCAAAAGAGGGUCACAUAAACUUAUUGUAUGCAGACCGAUCAUGGUUAUUGUUAUGCUUAGUCACCUCCCCAAAGACCCAUUCUGAGCAGGAAAAUUCCCGGUGUAUGCUCUGACUUGUGUGUAUUUUCGAGUCUUAAUAAUGCUGACAGAUGCACAUUGUUCUUGUAUUUAAACAUGGAUUGUAAUUAGUUACCAGGGUUGUAACUAAUGGUGUUUUGAGAUGAAAUACAUUUUGAAUUACAUGACAUUAAGCACUGAGGCUAGUUACAGUAUGUAUGUAAAGUACUUGUCUGUAAAGUGUGUAUAUAAAAUUGUAUUAAUAUUCAGAAAUAACUUUUCCGGUUGAGACUGAAGAACACUGGUGAAUGUUUGCUCUUUGAAGUCACACCUGCUGUAUAUUCAGGGAAUGUAUUUAUGUGAUGAGAUGUAAAUGUCAAGAAUGAGGGUAAAGCACAGCCACAUUUUUUAAAGCAAGUCAGGCAUUCUUUAAAUAAAUAAAAUAUACUGCAAAUGUGAGGCUCUUUAGUACAAGGCAUGUGCACAAAAAGAGGAACUGGAAAAGAUUCGUUGAAACAAUUCUUGGGAAAUGAGUGGUUACAAAAGGUGCAAGUAUUGCUUAAGAAAUUUAAAGCCUGCUGGAAAUUAUCUUUUCAUUUCAGCACAUGUAUAUUAAAAUGAUUUAGACCAGAAACCGUAAAUUUAGCUGUCAAAAGAGAGAUAUGGGGGGGAUGAAAAUAAUGGAGCCCAAAUUCAAAACGAACACCAGGGAUUGUAGCCUGUACAUUCAUGAUGUAAAUAUACUGUAUUAAUAUAUCUAUGUAGAAUAGAAGAAGAAAUAGGGGGGAAAAUGCAAAUGAGGUUUAAUCUGAAAUACACACCAGAAAAAUAUCUGGUUUGUUAUUGUGGACAUGCUUUAAGCCAGUCAGAUCAACAUUGUCAGUAGACAUAAAAUCAGUGCUCUUCUCCCAGACACAUUUGAAGGAGCGUCCAUCAGGCCUCUGUGACACAAUCGUCCUUAAAUCUCAGCUUCAGAAAGAUGCAGCCCCUGAAUCAGGACACAGCUCCUCCCCUUAAUGAAAAAAUAAAAACGGCUGUCUCAAAUUUCCACACUUCCUCUUUCCACCCACAACAUUCCCUUCCCGUUAUCUUUCACGCUGCUCUUCUACAAUAUAAAUCUAAGACAAGUGUAAAGUUUACUGGCAAUGGAGGGAACUGAGUCAACAACUAGACAGAGAGCAACAGCAGAAGCUGGGAACCAGCAGUCAGACAACACAGUGCUGAUGUCCAGCAAGCCUCUGCAUCGCUUUGUCCAAAAAGAGCCCAGGAGUCUUGGGAUUGUUAUUCUGAUGUUUGGCUGUGCUGAGCUGCUGAUGGGAUUUCAGCUGUCUGGUGAAACUAUGCGCACCUCUUAUGGGAUCUACAUCCCCUUCUGGCAGGGAGCUCUGUUUCUUGUCUGUGGAAUCCUCUCAAUCUACACUGAGUUACAUCCAUCCAAGAAGAUGGUGACCGUGUGCUUGGCCAUGUAUGUGGUUUCCAUUUUGGGAAUCAUAGUUUCUCUUUGCUACAGACACCGCUUCAUUAUCUUCUCUUAUUAUAUGAGAAGCUGGUUCACUGACAGAAUGGCACAGGUUAAUAGUAUUGAACUCAUAUUGUUCAUAUCCUCCCUGUGCGUGUCAGUUCUUCUCAUGUUCUUGUGUGGCAUCACAGGAUUUGCACUAAAAAGCACACGGACUCAGGUUAUUGUUCAGAGAAUCCCACCACCACAGACUGAAACAACGUUGAGCUAAGAUCAACUGUUAAAGCUCUUACUCUGCGAUUACUAACACUGUUUCUCCUGCACUUCACCUGUCCUGGGAAAGAAAUCUGUCUCAAUUCUGUACAAUAUAUCACUUGUGAAUGUUACACCACCUUACUGUCAUGCAUUACUGAACCACAUUUAUUUGCUUUUUUGUUACGGCCUGUGGUGGCCAUGCGUGUUUGGAAAUGGACUAUGCACAGCUUCUGUGUCUGGAUGGUUUGUGGGGAGGUGAUUGACUACACCUGGCUGAAGUCUGAGCUCCAGAUUCCACCUGGAACUCAUGAGGGGUGUUUAACUUGGAGCUCCAGACCUCCUCCCAACCCCGGUCCUCCCCGCCUCCCGACACAUCAGAUUGGUCCACAACCACGACUCCUCCUCUUUGAAGACCCCAGCAAUCACCACACACCAGUAUAUAUCUGCAACCAAGACUCUCUCUGCUGGGGUGGUUGGUAUUUGUGACCAGUUUGCCCUGCCAAGUGCACCGUUUGUAUUAGUUUCUCUUACUUGUGGUGCGUGUUGCUUGUGUGUUUUAAGUUUGAUUAGAGAGUUUUGUUACUUUGCUUGUGUUUAGAUCGUUUUACAAACUCUGCCUUCAUUUUGUUAUAUUCUGUUCUUUGAUUUGGCAGCAUCCACCAGUCUUGUGUUCUUUGUGAUCAUUUUUAUGUUCAAUUAGCUACUGAGCAAUAAAUUCCUUUACCUAAACCAAAUAA